AUGAUGAUGCGCGUUCGUCUCGGCGCGAUGCUCCGUCCUUCGUCGUCAUCUUCUUCUUCCCCAAAAGGGCAACACCUUUCGCCGCUUCCCCAAAAGGGAAAGAAGAAGAAGAAAAGGAAGUUUACCAAGACGAGGACGACGAGGGCGUCUCUCCAGGAGCUUCACAAUGGCGAAGAAGAAAUCGUCCUGGCGGUUUUGAAAUACUUUUCCGCCGGCGGCAUCGGAUGUUUUGCGAGCCAUUGCUUAUCGGUGCCUUUGGACGUCAUUAAAACGAAAGUACAAUUAAAUCCGGAGUUGAAUUCGAAUGCAAGCGCGAGGGAACUGGCGCAAAAAAUCGUCAAAGACGAAGGCGCGAGAGCGUUAACUCGAGGAUUAGGGGCCACAUUUUUUGGAUAUUUGAUACAGGGUGGGUGUAAAUAUGGCGGCUUUGAAACGUUGAAACGAUAUUAUUUUCACGGCGGAGGGAAUAUCGCGCAGUUGGUGUUGGCGGCGAUGGUAGCGGAGGCGGUCGGUAGCUUCGCGUUGGUACCGUUUGAAAGAGCGAGAGUGAAGAUUGUGGAGAGCGAGACGUACGCGCGGGAGAAGAGUUUGUUCGCAGCGGUUGGCGAAGAAUUUGACGCUUUUCUAGAGGACAUAGCGGAGAGUUUGUUGCCGGUGUAUUUGAAAAUGAUCCCGUACACUGCGGUGCAAUUGGUGUCGUACGACGUCCUCGUGAAUGGGUUCGUAAAGGGGACGCUGGGAGUAUACGGAGGAGAAGAAGGGGACGGAGAGUUGUUUUUUGCGUUGAGAUUGAUGUCAGCGAUUGCAGCGGGGGUACUCGCAACGGUAGCAUCUCAGCCCGGGGAUACGAUUAUGACGCGACGAUAUUGUAAAGAAGACGAGGAAGAAAAAGAGUGCGAAGCGUUUGUUGACGACGACAACUCGGUUUCUGGUUUGUUCGUAGGCUUGAGACAAAGAAUACCAAUGACUGUUCUCAUCGUCGUCACUCAACUCAUCACGGUAGACUAUGUCAAAGAAUCUUUGGGAGUUUAA